AUGUAGAGCAAACACUUUUCAUACAAUCUCAUAAGUAUUAAUACCAAAAUUUUAUUAUUAAAAUAACAGACAAAAUUUUCACAGUUGCACCAUUUCAACCAAAGUUCAAAAUUAUUAAUAGACGAAAGAAGGAAGGCAAGAAAAAAGAAUUUGCUUAUAAUUUUGAAUUGAUUUUAUUGGCGAACUUCAUAAACAUAAUUGAGUACAAUUAAGUACCGAGCCACAUUUGGAGGUAAUUCUUAGUAUAUACCCACUUGUAACGAAGUGAUUAACCGUAACAAAGAUGAAUAAUUUAAGGGGUAUUAAUAAGGGAGCUUUCAAGUGGUGGCAGAUGUUGUAUCGCUGUGCACGUUGCAGUGUUAACAUUUUGGAUAAAAGGACAAUGGCUAACAAUGCUUAUCGUGCCACGCCCCACGUGAUGUUGCAUCAAUAUCCCAAGGCGUUGGUUCUACAUCAGCGGAUGGGCAUGUGGUGCGAAUCCCUGCUGUCCACAUCAUGUUUACAGGCACAGUUACGUUCCUUUGCCACAAAGGUCAAGAAUGUACGAUUUGAUAAGUUUGGAAGGAAAGUUGAUAAUGCGAGGAUAAAUGCAUCAGGCAAUAGAGAUGCGAAUAUGAAUAAAAUGGACAAUUUGCCCAAGUUCCGUGCACCUAAACGUGUGUCGUCAAGCAGGUCAAGGAUCAGAUCGGGACACCGCGAUGAUGCUAAGCAAUGUACAGCUCGACAUCAAAAAGUUCCAGUUCGUUUGGCACCUGAAUAUAGCCAUUCCAAAUUGGCAAAGAAACUAUAUUUGAAAAAUAAAUUCCUAUUGCAGCGGAAGAAUAAUACAAACAAGAGAAAAACUUCAUAUAAUGCCAAGAAAUCGACAAACUCAAUGAAUUUGCACGCAUCGAAAAGGAAGCGAACAAAGGAGAAUCUAAAUAAAUCGGAACGAGAUGAUCUUAAACAUCUGUUAGCCGAUCUAUUGGACAAGAAGCCAAAACUUAAUAAAUCGGAAAAUUUUGAAUAUGUAAAAACUUCUCCAAUAUUCAAAUUGAUGGCACACAAUGCGGAGCGUCGCAACAGUUUGCGUGGUAAAAGUUUCCAGAAGCAGCUAGAGAUUCCCAAUUUCUUUCAACAUCCAUUGGGAAAGUGCGAUCAUAGAAAAAUACAUAUAACUCGACGCACGCCGCUAUUUCCGACUGAAAACCAAUUCGAAAAGAGAACUAAGGAGGCAUUAAAACGGAAGCUCUGCUUUCUACUACAAGACGGCAAGGAUCAAGACGAUGAUGAUGAGGAUGAUGAUGUGGACUAAGGAGUUGUUCAAUUUUUUAAUAAUACUCGUAGUUUCAACUACGUCCCAGACUUUAGCACUGCAAAUGUGAAUGUGAAUGUGAUUUGCUAUACAUGAUAUGGUUAUCAUAGUAUCCCUUUCUUCUGACAACCACUCAAUCAUGUAAUAAAUAUGUAUCUUUUAAUUUAGUAAUCCUAAAAAAAAAA